AUGCAACCAGUUGAAGCUGUGCAUACGACGUAUCUCGGUCAGCGUGAACUAUUGAGAGGAGAACUCAAGUCCCUUCCGGGCAUAUUCCGCCUCGCCUGCGAGCACGUAAUACGAACAAUGCGUCGAGGCCGAGAGACUCUACUCACUCUCCUGGAAGCUUUCGUCUAUGACCCGCUGGUAGAAUGGGGGGGAGGAGGAACUGGUGGUGGAAAACGCAGGCGUACACAACGUGACGUCAAAGCUGCACUGGCCAUGUUGGCGGUGCGCGCCCAUGAACUCAAGCAUCAAUUAGGGGAAGUGACAGACCAAUUCUUGGCUGUACUACCCGAAAUCAAGCAAUGCACUAAUGAGUGGCUUAAAGAAAAUGAAGAAUUAAAGUCAGUGGAAACUAGGCUGAAAGAUUGUCACCAACAGAUGGCAAUGAUCAAGGAAAUAGAAGCAUAUGGACCAAAUCUCAACACCCACCCGCUGUACGCGAUAUCUCAAAAGUAUACUUCAUACAAACAAGCUAAAAAUGCUGUUGAAGAUUCCAUGAAGGCACUGGUGAAGAUUCUAAAAGAUUUUGAUACGCAAAUUGAAAACUUUGCCAACACUACUGAAGCGAUUAAUGGACCUCAACUAGUUGCUUGGGUACAAGAGUUCUCUGGAUCUAACGAAGAGGAGGAACAACCUAUAUUUGAACAUAUCAAAGAAUUCUUGACAAACGCUGGACAAAGCUCUAUGAUAUCACAAUGCGAGCAAGCUGAAACUGAAUUGUACCAAAGUAUGAAGCAAACACAUCAUGUGGUCAGGGCUUGCCUCGAACUGCUCUCACAAUAUGUUGCUGUCUCUCAGUACUAUCCCCAAAGCCAUACAGAGUAUCAUCGUAUCGUUAUGUUCAGAAAGUUCUUGGCUGCUGCUCUAGAAAGUAAAAGCCCCGACGUGUGUAGAGAAGUCAUCAAUCAAGUUACAACUCUAGUCAAUUCUGAAAACAAUAAAAAUGACACAUCACAACAGAUUAUAUCAUACAAUUACCGCUUGCAAAGUAUGAAUACUGAAGCAAAUACAAAUUUAACGAAAGCUAUUGAAAGAUUACAACUGGAAGGCGGACCUGAUGCCCUGGCAUUAGCGCAGGAGGCUUACCGCGAAGCUAAGACAAACAUUAGUAAUUGGGUGAGGACAGAAGAAGGUUCAGGUGCAGCUUUAGAAGGAGCUGUUAUAGGAAUGCUUUGCAACUUGAAUAGAAGAUACUUGAUGCUCGAAAAUGGAGCGCAAAGUGCUGGAGACUGCCUUGUUGACUUGACAUCUAGAGAAGGAGAAUGGUUCUUGGACGACAUGAGCGCACUUUCUAUGCAGGCAGUUGAACUUCUGUCACUACUACCUUUGCAAUCAGCGUCAGCUGAAGACGCCGCAAUGCCUGUCGCAGUAGAAUGUGUAAGAAACGCGAAUUUAUUGUUAGCUGACCUGGUGCAACUGAAUUUUAACUUUAGCACUAUAAUAUUGCCUGAAGCGGUGAAGAAACUGCAUUCUGAAGACCCAUCAGUUCUCUUGAUGAUUAAUGAGUUGAACGCUGUUAUUAUCAACUCACCAGUACCAUUGAAUGAAUUGUUAACACAACUGGAGCUACAUCUUCGAUAUUUAGUUAUGGAUAUGGAAUCACCAGCAAGCAGCGCGCCACUUAUAGCUGCUGAAGUUCGAACUCGCUACGAAGCACUACUUUCAACCUCUCCCUCCGAUGCGGAAGGUCAAUCAGCGGGCCGUAUGCUCCUGAUGGGUUUCAACGGCCUCUUCGCGGCGGUUGAGCUUCGAGCUAAGGAGCUGGCUGACCACUUAGCAAUACCUAUUCCGCCAGCUUGGAGGAAGAUCGAUCACAUCAGCGAAAGUAUGCAUAUGUCGGCGGCGUUACAAAGCCCCAUUCUACGGUCAGUGUUAGAAGACAUAUUCCUGAUUCGGCGUGUACAGACUAUUGCAGAAGUGUUUGCGAUGUGCGCGCAGAUGGCGUGCUCCUUCAAGGGAACUGGACCUGUCACGUUGUACGAUGACGCCGCUCUCUGCAAACCUGUAAGAAGAUUCACCGCGGAAUAUGUGUCCCGUUGUGUUCUGGGCGUACAUUCUAAGGCGCUCGCAUCCGUGUUGUGUUUGCUGUUGCGUCGCGCUCGACUAGACUUGCAUGCAGAAGUUGAACAGAAAGAAAUCGGCGCGUCAUGGAGCGUGCCCCUGGAGACGCUGUGCGAGAAGGCGCGUCGCCGCGGCGUGGCGGGCGGCGUGGCGGAGCGCGGCGCGGCGCUGGCCCGCAGCGUGCAGAGCGCGCGCGCCCGCGUGCAGCGCGCCGCACGCGCACACUCCGACCACGCGCGACGAGCGGCGCACGCGCACCGCGCGCGACUCACUCACGCCGCGCACACACAUCUCCAUGCGGAGGUGCUGGGAGGUAACCAAGAGACGAGUGCGCAACUCGCGCGCCGUUCCCGCGAAUUGACGUCGUGCGUGGAGAAACUCUCCGCCGCCACCACCAAGGCCCAAACUCUCAUCAAUUCUGCACAUCAGAGGGUGAAGUGGGGCGCGGGCGCCAACCCGGCGCUGGGCGGGGUGUGCGUGGCGCUGGAGCGCGCGGGGGGCGGGGCGAGCGCGCGCGCGGCCCGGCUGAGCGCGGCGGGCGCGGCGCUGGCCAGCCACGCGCGCGCCGCCGCGGCCCUGCGCCUGCACAAGCACCAGCACAAGCACCACCACGCUCUGCUCACGCACCUGCACCACUGGGAGAAGGCGUGCACCUUAGCUCAAAAAUAUUCACUGAAAGUGUCACCGAUUGAAGAAUCUUUAAUGGAAAUGCUACACCCUGAAGGAAACAUUGAUACCCAAUGGGUGGAGAACGUGUCGAUGCUGCUGCGCGAGAUGAUCUCGUCGCUGAGCGCGGAGGCGCUGCGGCUGGGGGCGCGGGUGCGGGGGGCGGGGGAGGCGGUGCGGGGGGCGGCGGCGCGCCUGGCCCCGCCCGACCUGGCGCGCGCGGGCCUGCUGCUCGACGUCAGGGCGCCGCUGCACACGCUGCAGGCCGAGGGAACCAACCCGGCGUCGGAGUGGUUGUCGAGCGAGAGCGGCGUGUCGGAGCUGAUAAAGGCGUGCGUGCACGUGCGCGCCGACGAGCCGGGCGUGGCCGCCGCGCGCCGGGCCGCCACCGCCCUCGCCGACCAGCUCGCACACCACCACGACCACCUGCUGCAGCUGCACAGUAACUGGACGAACGAGGUGAACGGCCGCAGGCUCACGCGGCAGGGCGCCAUCACAGGGGGACCCAGGGCCUCGGCCAACAUUCGCCACGGAGGUGAACGCAACGCGGUCGGUGCGGGCGUGUGGAAGCGAGUUCGUCUGAAGCUGGAGGGGCGCGACGAGACCGCGACACCCACCGCGCUCAAGAGACACCCGCCGCACGAUCAGGUGGAGUACAUCAUAUCGGAAGCUCGAAUGCCAGAGAAGCUGUGCCUCAUGUACGAGGGUUGGAUGGCGUGGGUGUGA